UGGUUUAACCUAGGCAAACACGAAGCUGAGUCCAUAGAAGCGAAGCUGUAGCAUCAGUUGCCAAACCUACAAAACCCUCUCUUCAACGUAGGCGCUCACUUUAUCUCUCUCUGUCCCAACUCUCCUCUUCUUCAUCCAAUGGAAGACGACGACGAUUUCGGAGAUUUAUACAGCGACGUCCUCCGCCCCUUCGCUUCGCCCUCAUCCUCUGCGCCGCAGCCCCACCAAUCUUCCCCUGCACCCCCCUCCAUCGAUCUCAAUCUCAACGCCGCACAGAUCCCCUGCGAUGCGCCCCCACCCGAUUCCCCUGCACCCAAUCAGCUCCCUGCCCCCGACCCACACCCGCUGCCCCCCGCCGCCGCCGAGGAACCGCCCAAAAUUCUCGACGCGGAGCCUCCGCAGGAUUCAACCCUCGCCGCGACGGACGAGGGCGUUGAUCCGAUGGACAGGGACGUGAAAUUCGACAUCGAGGAGGAGGAGGAGGACGACGGCGGCGACGUCGGCUCGGAGCCGGUUAUUCCGGGGCUAUCCGGCGCGGCGCCGGCUGAGGAAGGCGGCGAGGGCGAUGAUUGGGACAGCGACAGCGAGGAUGAUUUGAAGAUAGUGUUGAACGAGAACAAUCACAUGGCCAUGGAGCGGGGUGGGAUGGGGGAUGGUGAAGAGGAAGAGGAGGAUGAGGAUGAGGGGCUUGUGAUUGUGGGUGCUGAUCCGAAUCAGGCUGCGGAGGAGCAGGAGUGGGGCGAGAAUGCGGCGGUGGUCGGCGAGGGCGGCGAGAGGAAGGACGCCGCUGAAUUGGCCAAGGCCGGGGGCGCGGUGGCCCCGAAGAUUGGGUAUAGCAAUCAUGGAUACCACCCCUUUCAUUCCCAGUUUAAGUAUCAGUAUGUUAGGCCUGGUGCAGCACUAAUGCCUGGAGCUACUACUUCGGCUCCAGGAGGGCCUCCUGGUCAGAUUCGUCCACUCGCUAACAUGGCUGGUCGAGGCAGAGGGGACUGGAGACCACUUGGAAUGAAAGGGGCUGCUGCUAUGCAAAAAGGUUUUCAUGCAGGUCCUGGAUUACCUGGUUGGGGCAACAGUGGUGCAGGGCGGGGUAUUGGUGGUGGAUUGGAAUUCACACUUCCUUCUCACAAGACUAUAUUUGAUGUUGAUAUUGAGAGUUUUGAGGAGAAACCGUGGAAAUAUCCAAAUGUCGAUACAUCAGAUUUUUUCAACUUUGGUUUGAAUGAGGACAGCUGGAAAGACUAUUGCAAACAGCUGGAGCAACUACGCUUGGAGUCUACUAUGCAAAGCAAGAUCCGUGUUUAUGAGAGUGGUCGAACAGAGCAGGAGUACGAUCCAGACUUACCCCCUGAAUUAGCUGCUGCUACUGGUAUACAUGAUGUUCCUGUUGAAAAUGCAAAUUCUCUAAAAUCAGAUAUCGGACAAAGCGAUGUUAUGAAAGGUUCUGGGACUGGACGUGUGCGACCACCACUACCAACUGGUAGAGCAAUACAGGUGGAAGGUGGUUAUGGUGAUAGGCUUCCUUCCAUUGAUACCCGCCCUCCUCGAAUCCGUGAUUCAGAUGCCAUCAUCGAGAUUGUUUUACAGGAUACAGAAGAUGACCAUUCCUCUGCAGGAAUUGCUCAAGAUCCAACAGAGGGUGGAGAACCCCAUAGAGAUGAUUUUAGAGAAGAUCAUGUAGAUGAAAUUCCAAGGUUGGAGCCCGAGUAUUUUGAUGGUUUUCCACAGGAUUAUAAUGGUCGAAAGAAAGAGCUUGCAGGAAGAAGAAUGCCAUUUAUAAAUUCUGGUCCUGCUAACAUGCCCAAUGGAAAUGAAAAGUUGUUCUUCCCACAGGAAGAGCCAAUUGAGUACUCUGGUUCAAGGGACCAAAAUCCUAGGUCCCGUGCUGGCAAUUUCAUCUCCUCCUACGAUGAGAGGCAGAGGCAAAGAAGAGUGCGUGGUCAGUCUCCUCCUAUAACUCCUAUUCAAGAAUUGGCAACUGAUAACAAUCAAAAAGAAGAGUCGGUUGAAAGCAUGGAAGUUAGACAUAGUACACAUUUAUCAUCCCCUGUCAUUAAGGAUGUAAAGGAGUCUAGUGUGGAGGACAAAGAUACUGAGCUUGAGGACACUGGGACAGCUGAUGGAAGUUCCAGAUUGGAAAAGGAGGAAACAGUAGACAAAGUAGACACCCUUGAGGAUGGUGUAGCAAAGAGACAGAAAUUAACUUCUCAAGUUGAUCAACCUUCACUUGAUGAAGUUGAUGAUUGGGAUGACUCAAAAGCUGCAAAAAGUAGUGAUAACAGCAAAGCAAGAUCAGCAAGCAGCAGGGAUAACCAGAAGCGGCGCGAGGGUUUUGAGGAAGAAGUACUUCAGAAUCCACGAUCGGCACAUCUAAAUAGCAUCAGACAGCACCCUGAUGAAAUUGAGCAGGGAUUUUAUAGAAGAGAGCAUGAUGCAAAGCAAGAACCAGAAAGAAAUCGCAUGAUACAUAAAGGCAGAGAGAGGCCAUACCCUUACAAGGACCGGCAUCCUAGCUCAGGUCCUCAGUUGCACACAAACACUGAUGGAUUUGAUGGGCAAAAAGAAAGGGACAACUAUGACAUAGAUUGGGCACGGAGAGAUGAUGAUCUCUACAGCAGAAGGGUUAGAAAUGAUGAACCUAGAAAGAGGGAUAGGGCUAAGGUUCGAGAAAAUGAGAGAAAUGACAAAGAAGAUAGCCUUCAUUCAAGAAAACAGUUGGAUAAUGGUAGCAGCUACAGGCUUUUGUAUGAUAGGGAUGUUGGGUCUAGAGACUCAAGACAUAGGGAAAGAGGUGAGAGCUUGAGGAUUUGGUAUGAAGCAGUUGAGGAUUACCAUGGCAAGAGGAGAAAGGAUGAGGAAUAUCUUAGGAGGGAGCAUAUUGACAAAGAAGAAAUUCUGCAUGGCUACAGGGAAAAUGCUAAUCGACGCAGGCGAGAUAGAGAUGAAGUAUUGGAUCCACGGAAAAGGGAUGACCUGCAAAGAAUUAGAGAAAAUCCUGAUGAUCAGUAUGCUGCUAGGCAGAAAGAUGAAGCUUGGGUACUGAGGGAGAGGGGUGAUAGGCAAAGAGAUAGGGAGGAGGGGCAUCGGAUAAAACAGUCCCAUGAAGAACACAUACCCAAGCGUGAAAGAGAAGAAGGACGGAGUUCUAUAAGAAGUGGGCGUGGAGCUGAAGAAAAAGCAUGGGUUGGCCAUGUUAGGGCUAAAGAUGAACAUAAACUUUCUGAGAAAGAAUACCAAUCCAGAGAAGCAAUGCGGCACAAUGACCAAUUGAAGAGGAGGGAUCGAAUUCAGGAUGAAAGUCUACAUCAUAAGGGCCGUGAUGAUACUUCUGCCCGUGGAAACCAAUAUACUACCGAGGAAAGGAGAUCUAGGCAGGAAAGGUCAAGUAGUCGUAGUGAUCGUGUUGCUAAUACUUCAGAUAACCAAAAAGUUAAGCAUAGAGAAGGCUCAAGGAAAAGCAAAGAACGUGUUGUUAGUGACCUUAAUAGUUUAGGCCUGUCCAAGAGAAGUCAAGAAAAUGAAAGUGGUCCAACCAAUGAAAAGGGCUUCAAAGGAUCUGGUGAUGAAGAACGUGCUCAGCAUGAAAUUCCAGGGCAUCGCCUGUCCAGAAAACAGCGGGAAGACGUUUCCUCAGAAGAUGAACAGCAAGAUUCUCGCAGAGGACGUUCUAAAUUAGAACGCUGGACAAGCCAUAAGGAAAGGGAUUUCAGUAUCAAGUCUGCUUCCUUGAAGUUUAAGGACAUUGAUAAGGAUAACAAUGAUGGGUCUUCUGAAGCUGGGAAACCUGCAGAGGAACCUGCUAAACCUGUUGAUGUUGAUGACCAACAUCACUUGUCGGCUGAAGCAAGGGAUUCUGCAGAUAUGGAGAAUAAGGAUGCUGAUACAAAAGAAUUGGGGGAUCGGCACCUUGACACAGUAGAGCGGUUGAAGAAGCGCAGCGAGCGGUUCAAGCUCCCGAUGCCUAGUGAAAAGGAGGCCCUUGUCAUCAAGAAGUUAGAAAGUGAACCUCUGCCUUCUGCCAAAAGUGAAAAUCCAAUAGAUUCAGAGGUCAAACAAGAGCGACCUGCCCGGAAAAGAAGAUGGAUCACCAACUGAAUAAAAAAUCUAGUUUGGCGUGGGAAAGUUUCAGCUUGGUCUUUUUUUUAUUUCUUCUUCUAGAACCCUGAAGCCAGCCAUGCUUAUUAAUCUCUAUUGAAUGUUGAGAAUCGCAUGGGUUUGGGACAAUUUGUACUUCAGUAAUGUCAUCUUGUAACCAUACUACCUAUACAUUUAUUGUACACUGUAAAUAUACAAGUAAAAUGUAAAACAUGAACUACCACUACAGGUGGCACAUAUUUUGGGUGUCCAAAUAUGGCUCUUACCUGGAUGAUCUGGGUAAUGAGUGAACGUGACCAAAGCUGGAUGCAAUGACAUUCAGAAAACAUUGGCAUGGCUGGUGAGGCAUUGAGCCUGAUACUGGCUCCUCCCACUUGAGGCCUGGCAGGUCAAAGCUUUUGGAACAACUUGGUGAAGGGCUAUCCAAAGAAAUGCAUGCUGCCUGCUUCUCAAAUGUGUUCUUUAAAUUGAAUUAUAGAUGCCAUGGAUUAUUUUCUCUGUUGUAGACUGUAAGCAGGUACUGAUUACUCAUUUUUCCUCUAUCUCUACAAUUUUUAUGCUGGAAUCAUGAGACUUUAGCAAUGAGCCUUUGUUGUAUCUAGAGAUCAAAUGACAUGUAGUUAGUUAUUGGCUAGGGAUUUCGACAAGUAAUGAAAGAAAGUAAAAUCAUAAUUUAUUUCCUCCCA